AUGAGCGAAGAACCCAAGGGAGUCACACGCUCCUGGCUCCCAAGCCUCAAUCUCCCCUUAAAUUGGGCGCUGCGUGUUAGAGACCAUCAUGAGCCCAAGAGAGUUACACGUUUCUGUCUCCCAGGCCUCAAUCUCCCCUUAAAUUGGACACCGCGUGUUAGAGGCCAUCCUGAACCCAACUAUGCCGAUCGUGGGCUUAAAGUGCCCCCCCUAGGCGAAAGCGAUGAACACUUGCUACCGAGCGCCUUGAAUGUUCCUGGGGCAUAUAGUAAGAUGCAUUUAACAACGCUGAGGGAGCUUACUAUGUUGCACCUGAUGGAUGAGAUCACAGAUAAAACGGACUGGGAACUGAAGGUCUUCGACGACACAAUCGCCCAGAAAUGGAAGGCAGAGGCUAUGUUGGCAGAGGAGCGCGAUGUCAGCCAGGGAAUGGCUGACUGGGUCAUUGAAGAGCUCCGCUAUAGGGCUGAAUCCUUCAAGGAUACUAGUGCUUUUCGAGUUUACACUGGAGAUGUUGUGAAGUGCGACACUGCUAUCCCCGCACAGCUAAAGGCCAAUCUUCAAACCGCGUGUCGAGUGCUUGAAAAUGUUCCAAAAAACCAUAAAGACUAUCACCCUGGGUCAGAUGGGAAAGUCCUUGAUCUGGUCCAUCCAUCGCUCUUCCCCCUGAUUUAUGGCCGCAGUCGCGUGCUUGAGAAUACUUUAAUAGGGCUGGAUGACUGCGUCGAAGCUUGUGGGAAGGGGUCCGUUAUCCCCGUUCGUCCACACGACGAAACGGCUCUCGACUAUGGAGGCAGACCGGACGGUACCCCGCCCUACAGCAAGAAUUUUCAAUGGCUGCCGUGCGAAGUUGAUAUAUCUGGUGAUAACGGGGCAAGGAUUACGAGCUAUAUCAACAAUCUUCAUCCUAAAACACACAAAGAUCUAUAUAGCGUCAUCGAAUCAGUCAUCACUCAAACCCUUCCGCUGUGGAACAUGACACUCACGCCUCUUGCCAACUCAUACGAGCACGGGUGGCCUUCGCCUCGGAUUGUUGUUACUGAGCCCCAACGUCUUCUAGAUCGAGACGAAAUUACGGAUGAACACCUGCCUCUGCAAGAAGAUGACGAGGAUGACGAGGACUAUGCUUACAGGCUGGAUGAAUGGGACAAUUCCCCUCAUGUAACUACUAAACCUGAGCCUGGCGAGUUUCAUGCAGCACCUCUCGGCUCAUAUGAAAAAGUGGUGGACCUUAAAGAGAGUUUUGGCCAUCGCGGCUUGCAAAUAAUCGUCAAGCUCGCCAACAUUGAGCUUACGCCUGAUAACCCGGAGUAUGAAGGUGGGGCAUGGCACGUCGAGGGACAGCUAAACGAACACAUCUGCGCAACAGCCCUCUACUACUACUCCAGCUCAAACAUAACUCCUAGUCGCCUCGCUUUCCGUCAACGAUCGGAUGAAGCCGAAGCGGAAGAGAUGCCCUACAUGCAAAGUGAGCAUGAGUGGCUUACGGACAUCUACGGUUGCACCAAUGAUAGCGCGGCUGUUCAGGAAGUUGGUUCAGUUCUCUGCCGCGAAGGCCGUCUGCUCACGUUCCCAAACAUUCUUCAACACCGCGUUCACCCUUUCAAGCUCGAGGAUCCAACCAGGGAUGGCCACAGGAAGAUUCUUGCCCUAUUCCUUGUAGAUCCAAACAUACGCAUAAUCAGUACGGCGAAUGUCCCGCCACAGCAGAAACAUUGGUGGAGUGAAGUGGUGGAUACGGAAAUUACUAAGAGCGGAAAAGGGAUGGCAGUCUUGAGCAAUGAGUUGAAGGAACAAGUGUUUGAUGCCGUGGAGGAUUUCCCGCUUGGGAUGGAUGAGGCAAAGGAGUUAAGGCUGCAUUUGAUGAAGGAGAGGACCCUCUAUUCCACACGCCAGCAAGAGAACUUUGAAGCGAACACAUUUUCGCUUUGCGAACAUUGA